GCCGCCUCCGUCAGCAAGCUGGGCGGCGGUGUCUCUCAAAUAUCCUCUCCUAAAGCCGCUUCGGGGAGGCCGGGGCCCACAACGUGUUCAAUCCCGGAAGUGACCUCUCCCAGAGGGGCCGGAAGUGGCAGUGGAGGGAGGGAAGAUGGCGGAGGUGGGGGAGAUAAUCGAGGGCUGCCGCCUUCCCGUGCUGCGGCGGAACCAGGACAACGAAGAUGAGUGGCCCCUGGCUGAGAUUCUGAGCGUGAAGGACAUCAGUGGCCGGAAGCUUUUCUACGUUCAUUACAUUGACUUCAACAAACGCCUGGAUGAAUGGGUGACACACGAGCGGCUGGACCUAAAGAAGAUCCAGUUCCCCAAGAAAGAGGCCAAGACCCCCACCAAGAACGGACUUCCUGGAUCACGCCCCGGUUCUCCAGAGAGAGAGGUGCCGGCCUCCGCCCAGGCCAGCGGGAAGACCUUGCCAAUCCCGGUCCAGAUCACACUCCGCUUCAACCUGCCCAAGGAGCGGGAGGCCAUUCCCGGUGGCGAGCCCGACCAGCCGCUCUCCUCCAGCUCCUGCCUGCAGCCCAACCACCGCUCAACGAAACGGAAGGUGGAGGUGGUUUCACCAGCAACUCCAGUGCCCAGCGAGACAGCCCCAGCCUCAGUUUUUCCCCAGAAUGGAUCAGCCCGUAGGGCAGUGGCAGCUCAGCCAGGGCGGAAGCGAAAAUCGAAUUGCUUGGGCACUGAUGAGGACUCCCAGGACAGCUCUGAUGGAAUACCGUCGGCUCCUCGCAUGACUGGGAGCCUGGUGUCUGACCGGAGCCACGACGACAUCGUCACCCGCAUGAAGAACAUCGAGUGCAUUGAGCUGGGCCGGCACCGCCUCAAGCCAUGGUACUUCUCCCCGUACCCACAGGAGCUCACCACGCUGCCUGUCCUCUACCUCUGCGAGUUCUGCCUCAAGUAUGGCCGAAGUCUCAAGUGUCUGCAGCGUCACUUGACUAAGUGUGACCUGCGACAUCCUCCAGGCAACGAGAUUUACCGAAAGGGCACCAUCUCCUUCUUUGAGAUCGAUGGACGUAAGAACAAGAGUUACUCCCAGAACCUGUGUCUUCUGGCUAAGUGUUUCCUCGACCACAAGACAUUAUACUACGACACAGACCCUUUCCUCUUCUACGUCAUGACGGAAUAUGACUGCAAGGGCUUCCACAUUGUGGGCUACUUCUCUAAGGAAAAGGAAUCCACAGAAGACUACAACGUGGCCUGCAUCCUGACCCUGCCUCCCUACCAGCGCCGGGGCUACGGCAAGCUGCUGAUUGAGUUCAGCUACGAACUCUCCAAAGUGGAAGGGAAAACAGGGACCCCUGAGAAGCCCCUCUCGGAUCUUGGCCUCCUGUCCUACCGAAGCUACUGGUCCCAGACCAUUCUGGAGAUCUUGAUGGGGCUGAAGUCAGAGAGCGGGGAGAGGCCGCAGAUCACCAUCAAUGAGAUCAGUGAAAUUACCAGCAUCAAGAAGGAGGACGUCAUCUCCACUCUACAGUACCUCAACCUCAUCAACUACUACAAGGGCCAGUAUAUCCUCACACUGUCAGAGGACAUCGCGGACGGGCAUGAACGGGCUAUGCUCAAGCGGCUUCUUCGGAUCGACUCCAAGUGUCUGCACUUCACUCCCAAGGACUGGAGCAAGAGGGGAAAGUGGUGACCAGGCACUGACCGUGGCAGUGCCAGCAAAGCCAGCA